UAUCGAUAUGAAGAACUAAACACACCUCAAUACGAGCUCAUCAGUGAUGAUGACGUCAGAAAUGAUGACGUCAGAACAAACAAACGCAGCACCUAUCACCGAAAGUCGUUCAGAACGUACGUGGUACGAACCAGUCCAGCCGACACUGACUGAAGGGACGAAAAGCUCACGGUUGCCUGACGGCGGCCGAGGUCGCAUGCGGCGUCAUGUUGGCGGCGGUGCUCCUCGUCGUCGCAUGCUCAAGUGCUACCGGAAGGGAAAGCAGCGGAGACCGAGUCUGCCGACGAGUAUUUGCUUUAACAUCAUACGAUCAAAGCAAAACCGAACGAAACGACCAAACGACACCAAAACACUGCGAAGUGAAAGGGUAAAUCACCUGUAACCAGUGACACCAUUGACGGUAACGUGUUCUCUGAGUUCAACUCGGGCUGGCCCUCCAACGAGUUUGACUCAGCGUACGCUUUAGAUGAUGAAUUUGACGAUGAAGACGCCAAUGAGACAAGAAAAUCAGAAAAUGAGAACAUUUAAGCUGGCGAUAAUCUUUUGGACGAAGAAAACGCCAUCGUCGAAGCAAAACAGGCGAAAGUGUUAAGUACGACAAAUCCAGCGUUUCUCAAUACGGUUGAAGACUCUGAUGAAAGUGAAGCUAUCGGAAGUAAGAGAAACAAUGUUGAGCUACUGAGGUCAAACAAUUCGUCUGCGCCCGCCGUCUGCGACGAAUGCAACACCUCACGUGUCAUUCCAGAAGUAUUCCGAAGACAGCGGUAUUGCGCAAAAGUCACGGAACAAUUCUAUAGCAGAUGACAAUCUCGAUUUAGGCGCACAAGCAAGUAUGGUGAACGUUGAAAAAAACCGUUGGUGACGAGGCAGUGGUCGAGAACGUGUUCAACGAGCCUCCCGAACUCUGGAGCGCUCACGAUGUCGACAAUGCCGAUAAUGCCGAUAAAAUAGACUCGCUGAGACGGAUAAGCGAAAGGAUGUUCCGCGAGGAAUGAGAGGAUCAAGCGCGUUCUGACAAGUUCAGUGGAAGCACUAGCCUGUAUUAUGGACCACCAAAAGAAGAGCAUGAUACGUCUGCUAAUGACAAAGGAAAUGACGAAGAAGAAGAGGAGCAUAUAAACGAAGAUGAGGAAUCGAUAAGUACGUUUUUUCCCCGAAAGACUGCCUAAACAUCCAAAUUGAAAGUUUCCUAAUAUAAAUAAAAUAAA